AUGAGAUUAGUUAGUGGAUCUUUAAAAUUACGGUGCAAAUCAUGUACCUUUUUCGUCGUUAUAAUAUACUUAUUCAACUUGGCAUUAGGCUCCGAAGAAUGUUCUGACAAAAACCUUAAAGCAUUCGAAAAUGAAUUGCAAUUUCCAUGCAGGGAACGAGAAGAUUCAAAGGCGGAAUCAGUACUGGGCGAAGCUCUGCAACAAUUGUUUAUCCUUAAUAGAUAUCUAAAUAGUACCUUAUUCGAUUUGGAAAAGUUAAAGGAGCUUCCACUGGAAUAUAUAAGUGAUGGAAGAACUUGCUCCAAAGUUACCACUAUGCUAACGCGGCUUGAAAAUGAAAAAAAGACGCUACUGGAAAGUCAAUACAGCGAAGAAUGGCAAAAUGAUCCGAAUCUGGAUUAUUUCAAAAACGUCCUACAUUACGAAAAUGUUCCAAAAGUCCCUGAAGAAGACGACGUUUAUUGCCAACCACUCGAUAAUGAUAUCGACGAAGAAGUCUUACGAGUAUAG